CUUUGACAGCUGACCGUUUAAAUUUUUAAAGUUCCUCUUUGAGUGUUGUGUUGCAGCUUCUUUCUCCAUCUGAACCUCCAGCUGAAGUCUGUCUCCUGGUGUGUCUCAUCUUUCUUACAUGGACAGGGUCAAUCAGAGACCACCUGAACCCAGCUGUGUGUCCUUCAAGAGUGACCGCUCAAAGCAAAGACUUGUUAAGUUUAAAGAUGGAUCUGAACAACAACCAGACUCACCUGCACCCAGCUGUGUGUCCUUCAAGAGUGACCUGUCAAAGAGUGAACCUCUUAAUUUUAAAGAUGGACGUGAACGACAGAUCCAUCAGAGACCAGACUCACCUGCACCCAGCUGUGUGUCCUUCAAAACUGACCGGUCAAUGUCUGAACCAUCUUGGUUUAAAGCUGGACAACAAGUGGACCAGGAGAGCUCAGAGGUUCCCAGUGGUCAGUCUGCCCAGCAGCAUCAAACACACCUGGACUCCAUAUUUAUGCUGCUGGAGGAGAACAUCCUCACUUUUGUGAAGAAGGAGCUGAAGAAGAUCCAGAAGGUUCUGAGUCCAGAUUACCCAGAAUGCUUCGAGAGUCAGAGGGAGGAUGAGGAGGUGUUGGAGGGUGAGGAUGAAGAGCAGAGGAGGAGCAGCAGAGAGGCAUUUCUGAAGAUCACACUGCACUUCCUGAGGAGAAUGAAGCAGGAGGAGCUGGCUGACUGUCUGCAGAGCAGAACUGUUGCUGCAGCAUGUCGACAUAAACUCAAAUGUAACUUGAAGGAGAAGUUCCAGUGUGUGUUUGAGGGGAUCGCUAAAGCAGGAAACCCAACCCUUCUGAAUCAGAUCUACACAGAGCUCUACAUCACAGAGGGAGGGACUGCAGAGGUCAAUGAUGAACAUGAGGUCAGACAGAUUGAAACAGCAUCCAGGGAACCAGACAGACCAGAAACAACCAUCAGACAAGAAGACGUCUUUAAAGCCUCACCUGGAAGAGAUGAACCAAUCAGAACAGUGAUGACAAAGGGAGUGGCUGGCAUUGGGAAAACAGUCUUAGCACAGAAGUUCACUCUGGACUGGGCUGAAGACAAAGCCAACCAGGACAUACAGUUCACAUUUCCAUUCACUUUCAGAGAGCUGAAUGUGCUGAAAGAGAAAAAGUACAGCUUGGUGGAACUUGUUCAUCACUUCUUUACUGAAACCAAAGAAGCAGGAAUCUGCAGGUUUGAAGAGUUCCAGGUUGUGUUCAUCUUUGACGGUCUGGAUGAGUGUCGACUUCCUCUGGACUUCCACAACAAUGAGAUCCUGACUGAUGUUACAGAGUCCACCUCAGUGGAUGUGCUGCUGACAAACCUCAUCAGGGGGAAACUGCUUCCCUCUGCUCGCCUCUGGAUAACCACACGACCUGCAGCAGCCAAUCAGAUCCCUCCUGACUGUGUUGACAUGGUGACAGAGGUCAGAGGGUUCACUGACCCACAGAAGGAGGAGUACUUCAGGAAGAGAUUCAGAGAUGAGGAGCAGGCCAGCAGAAUCAUCUCCCACAUCAAGACAUCACGAAGCCUCCACAUCAUGUGCCACAUCCCAGUCUUCUGCUGGAUCACUGCUACAGUUCUGGAGGAUGUGAUGAAGAGCAGAGAGGAAGGAGAGCUGCCCAAGACCCUGACUGAGAUGUACAUCCACUUCCUGGUGGUUCAGACCAAAGUGAAGAACAUCAAGUAUGAUGGAAGAGCUGAGACAGAUCAUCACUGGAGUCCAGAGAGCAGGAAGAUGAUUAAAUCUCUGGGAAAAAUGGCUUUUGAUCAGCUGCAGAAAGGCAACCUGAUCUUCUAUGAAUCAGACCUGACAGAGUGUGGCAUCGAUAUCAGAGCAGCCUCAGUGUACUCAGGAGUGUUCACACAGAUCUUUAAAGAGGAGAGAGGACUGUACCAGGACAAGGUGUUCUGCUUCGUCCAUCUGAGUGUUCACGAGUUUCUGGCUGCUCUUCAUGUCCAUCUGUCCUUCAUCAACUCUGGAGUCAAUCUGAUGGCAGAACAACAAACAACUUCCAUGCUGUCUAAAGUCUUCAGAGAAAAACCUAAACUUAUACAUCUCCACCAGAGUGCUGUGGACAAGGCCUUACAGAGUCCAAAUGGACACCUGGACUUGUUCCUCCGCUUCCUCCUGGGUCUCUCACUGCAGACCAAUCAGAAACACCUACGAGGUCUGCUGACACAGACAGGAAGUAGCUCACAGACCAAUCAGGAAACAGUCCAGUACAUCAAGGAGAAGAUCAACCAGGAUCUGUCUGCAGAGAGAAGCAUCAACCUGUUCCACUGUCUGAAUGAACUGAAUGAUCGUUCUCUAGUGGAGGAGAUCCAACAGUCCCUGAGUUCAGGACGUCUCUCCACAGAUAAACUGUCUCCUGCUCAGUGGUCAGCUCUGGUCUUCAUCUUACUGUCAUCAGAAGAAGAUCUGGACGUGUUUGACCUGAAGAAAUACUCUGCUUCAGAGGAGGCUCUUCUGAGGCUGCUGCUAGUGGUCAAAGCCUCCAACAAAGCUCUACUGAGUGUCUGUAAGCUCUCAGAGAGAAGCUGUGAAGCUCUGUCCUCAGUUCUCAGCUCCCAGUCCUCCAGUCUGAGACACCUGGACCUGAGUAACAACAACCUGCAGGAUUCAGGAGUGAAGCUUCUUUCUGUUGGACUGCAGAGUCCACACUGUGCUCUGGAAACUCUCAGACUGAGUGGCUGUAACCUCUCAGAGAGAAGCUGUGAAGCUCUGUCCUCAGUUCUCAGCUCCCAGUCCUCCAGUCUGAGACACCUGGACCUGAGUAACAACAACCUGCAGGAUUCAGGAGUGAAGCUUCUUUCUGUUGGACUGCAGAGUCCACACUGUGCUCUGGAAACUCUCAGGGUGGAGCCUGGUGGAGUCCGAUGGUUGAGACCAGGUGUGAGGAAGUAUUCCUGUGAACUCACCAUCGACACAAACACAGUAAACAGAGAGCUCAAACUGUCUGACAACAACAGGAAGGUGGCAUAUGUGGAGGAGGUUCAGUCAUAUCCUGAUCAUCCAGACAGAUUUGACUACUGGCCUCAGCUGCUGUGUAGAACUGGUCUGACUGGUCGCUGUUACUGGGAGGUCGAGUGGACAGGAGGGGUUUAUAUAUCAGUGAGUUACAGAGGAAUCAGCAGGAGAGGAAACGGUACAGACUGUGUGUUCGGGGGGAAUAAUCAGUCCUGGAGUCUGGACUGCUCUGCUGGUCGUUACUCUGUCUGGUACAAUAACAAAGAAACACUCCUCUCCUCGUCCUCCUCCCCUUCCUCCCCAUCCUCUGUCUCUGGUAGAGUAGCAGUGUAUGUGGACUGUCCUGCUGGCACUCUGUCCUUCUUCAGAGUCUCCUCUGACACACUGAUCCACCUCCACACCUUCAACACCACAUUCACUGAACCUCUUUAUCCUGGGUUUGGGUUUGGGCUCAGAUCCAGGUUCUGGUCCUCUGGUUCCUCAGUGUUUCUGUGUUCUCUAUAGGAGUGAGAGUCUCCUCCUGUUAGAGAAACCUUCUCACUGCUGAACACAUGAGUUGAGUGUGUACAGGAUGUCACACAGCUGAUGUUAGUUCUGUCCCACCAUGUGUCCCUGGUUAGAUUCUGGUGGGGGACCUUUGCUUUAUGUCCCACCCCUCUCUGUCUCUCUCUGUGUCCAUGUUUGCUGUCUGCAGCCCCGACGUAUCUGUAAAGGCAACAUGUAAAUGAUGGAUUAUCAAAUCAAUCAUUGUUUAUGACACUGAACUUCUGAACACAUUGUCCCUGACUGUGUGUGAAUAAAGACUUUAUACUGCUGA